AUGGCUUUGGCUCCUAUCGUAGGAUUGAACCAGCCAGAAGGGCAGAAACUGCAGUUCCUUCAGCCCUCUAUGUCGCUCAAAAUAGGGACUAUCAUCGCCUUUUGCAUCACCUAUUCUAUUGCCACAAUUUUUAUGGCCCUUCGCUACUUUCAGGCUUUCAAGCUCACUAAGAAGAUUGAGAUAGAUUUGGUCAUUAUCACAACGUCCUAUGGAGUUGCGCUGAUCCAUUCUGUGACUAUGAUAAUCUUGAUGUACCAUGGCCAGGAUGUUAGCUUGACAGAGCUUGUAGAGUUCAGUAAACAACUGCUCAUAAGUACCUUGGCUUAUCUGAUAUGUCCAUGUAUCACUAAGAUGGCCAUUCUGACUGUCUUAUUCCAAAUCAAUCCUACAAGAGUAUACCGCUAUAUCAUCGUGGCUGUUGUAGCAGCGAUCCUUACAUACACCUUGGCCCUGUGCAUCAUUACCGGAGGACCGUGUAGUCCUCUUCAUCUAGGAACUAAAGUGUGCCUACAGAAAGUCGCAUUAUCCCAUGCAGUUCUGAACAUUGUCUCUGAUUUCGCUGUGAUCACUAUCCCGAUCCCGACAAUCCACGCACUCCAUUCUUCAAAGAAACAAAAAAUUACAGUCGGCUGCUUGCUGGCUCUGGGAUCUAGCGUCGUCAUUUGCUCAAUAGCACGCGUACCAUACAUGUUGCACUAUGGCAAUACCGCAGACUCAACCAAUACCGAAGCCGUCAUAGGAAUUUGGUCUAUGUUCGAGAUCAACCUUGGAAUUAUAUGUGCUUGUGCAAUGCGGUUAAAGGGUCUGAUCUCGACAUAUCUAUCGCGAUUUUCGCUGUUCUCGCCGCGCGCUAUAGCGAAACUCUCCGAGGAAGCGGCCAUAGAAAGGUUCCAACCCAAAGGUGAAAGAGCGCGGCAUUCAUACCAGCUGCACAGCAUCCAGGUUGGAAAUUAUGGUCCGUUUAAGGGCACAAAACACAUCUCCGUCCACCAGGCAUUCCGGAUCGAUGAGGAGCGCCCGCACGUGUGUCGUGGGGACAAUGAUAGCGCAGAGAGGAUUCUGCCUUGA